AUGACUACCAUUGCGCUCGCUCGACCAAUUCCGCCUCAUCGUCCCUCAAGUACCAUCACUCCGCCGCUGUCUCUCGAAUCCAGCACCACCUCUAGUUCUUCGCCAUGUUCCGGGCCAAUUCCUAACAAACACCUCCCCAUAUGUCCUACUGGACCCGCCUGUCCUGAUGAACUCGACACCCCGCCACCAUCACCACCGGCUCAGGAUCAACUGCAACAAACCUCGGCUCUAUAUCCCCUCGAUAGCUUCAAGCGAAUCGAUUCGGGCGAGCUUUCUAUCUAUGAGCUUGAUGCGCUCAACGUUGCGGAAGCAAUUGAUGUCGCUUCACGCCAACCAUUGCCCGAUCCUGCGCUUGUCUUCCCAUGGUUCCAUGGCCUUCAUCCCCAAAACCAUGUUCAACAGUCUUUUUUUGCUGCCAGGCGACGUGCUACAAGACCAACCCCCUCUUGUAUCAGAGCUCUCACUCUUGUAAAAGCUGACGGAGACCUCAACUGUGCGCGACUUAAGGGUGCCAUCGCCCCCAACGAAAUCAUUCAACCCAACAGCCCUGCUAGGUUCAUCGAGGCAGAUCCACGCGAGGGCUUUUCUGUCAGGAACUUUCAGAUCCAAACCGUGAAAACGGCUGUGCUGUCGGACAUAAUUGUUUAUGGUCAGGAUUUGAACAAAACUCGCAAAGUGGCGUGGGAUAUCGCAAAUGCACAGAAACUAUGGCGUGAAAAACACCAAGACCAAGGCGAGUGGAUGCCAGAGUAUCACACCUUUGUCUGCACAAAUCCGUUUUCUAAAUUCGAGGGAAAUCACUCUGAGAUUGUGGCCGUCGAUGAGUCUGGUCAUCUGACAGGCAAUGUCCUCGACUUCUUUAGCCAGGAAAGGCGAGAGAUGUGGGCGAUGACGGAAGCAUCUGAGUUCUCCAAAAAUGUCUUUAUGGGACCUACUCCCGAACAAGGGAGCCCCGAAGAGCAAAAGUACGACAUUUUGAUUGAGUGUAGUGACCUCGGACGACUGAACCCAUUGGCUCUUCAGCUUAUCGCUGAAAGUCCUGACCAAGAUGGCAAGCAGCGAUUCCUCGACUUUCCAUCUUCUGGCAGUAUUCUCCCACCAACAUGGUCGCAUUCAGAAGCAGAUGGUAUUCUAGAAACCUGCAAAUGGAUCUAUCACCUGGCACAUGGUUCGUACCCGGAGCCUGAUCCAGGUCUGAGCACAUGUGAUGUGGACGCAGAGGGAGAUUCACCCAUGCCAUCCGAUCAUGAGUCUGCUUUUGAAGUUAGACCUCACAAAAUAUUGCUUCAUUGCGCAGAUGGUUACACUGAGUCGACUAUGCUGAGCAUCGCGUACUUCAGUUACAGUACUGGACGGCCCAUUCCUGAGGCGUGGUUGCAACUCCACACUGAGAAGAAGCGAAACUUCUUCGCGUACCCAACAGAUGUUGCGCUUUUGACAUCGAUCACUCCAAGACUGCUCCGGGAAUCUCCUGUUUGCAAAGGACUUAGCCUGACGGAUAUCACUCACCUGACAAGGGACGAGCCAAGCUGGUUCGCCGCCUUGGACGGCUCUUUCCCGAGCCGCGUUCUAGACUAUAUGUAUUUGGGUAACUUGGGACAUGCCAAUAAUCCUGAUCUCCUACGGGCGCUUGGUAUUACCCAAAUUCUCAGUGUUGGUGAGAUAGCCAUGUGGCGAGAGGGGGACCUCGAGGCUUGGGGUAAGGAGAACGUAUGUGUAGUGCAAGGGGUUCAGGACAAUGGUAUCGACCCGUUGACCGAGGAAUUCGCUCGAUGUCUUGAUUUCAUUGACCGUGGUCGACGAAAUGGCACUGCAACACUGGUGCACUGUCGUGUGGGAGUAUCUCGAAGCGCAACCAUCUGCAUUGCUGAGGUUAUGCGAUCGAAAGGGAUGUCAUUUCCUCACGCGUACUGUUACGUUAGAGCCCGUCGUCUGAACGUCAUCAUCCAACCUCAUCUUCGCUUUGCCUACGAGUUAUUGAAGUACGAGGAGGCGCUUCAGCAGGAUGGUGACCCUGACGCCGAGGUUAAGAGAACGCUGGAGUGGGCUGAAAUUGCACGAGAAAUUGCCCUUAUGAAUCGGCCAUACUCCCGUUGA